UACAUCUCUUGGUUGUUUCACUACCUCUUCUAGCACAAUAAACAAGAGUAAAUCAAUAGAUAUGUCCUGCUACUUUGGAGGUUUCAUACCCUGCACUUUCAAAGCAAACUACCUACUCACCAGAGGUUCCUUCCCCAACAUCAGGCUCAGCUGUGGUCAACAAUCGGGAUUGGCUGGACUGCAGUGGAGUAAAAAACAUAGAAUCACAAGGCGGAGUUAGAGAAAGUACCAUGCUGCAACCUAACUAUCGUCAUGGGAAACCUGAAUGCCAAGGUUGGUAAGGACAACACAAACAAUGACAGAGCAAUGGGAAGACAUGAGUGUGGCACCAUGAAUGAAAACAGAGAGAGGCUUGUUGAUUUCUGUAAUAUGAAUGACCUAGUUAUCGGCCUAACCCUAUUUGAACAUUGUGAAAUUCACAAACUGACAUGGUGUUCUCCAAAUGGCAGAGAUAAGAACCAGAUUGACCAUAUCAUGAUCAAUGGCAAAUGGCGAUGCUCACUGACAGAUGUGAACGUGAUAAAGGGUGCAGAUGUGGGUAGCGACCACCACCUUGUGACAGCCUCCAUCAAGCUAAAACUGAGAAAUGUGGGUUCACCAAACAAGGGACAUAGAUAUUAUGAUAUUGACAAGCUAAAGUCCCUUGAAAUACUGAAAGCCUUCGUUCUGCAGUUAAAGAACAGGUUUCAAGCACUUGCAGACCUUGAUGAAGGGGAGGGGACUGCAGAUGAGGAGAUCAACAAGAAGUGAGACAAAGUAACAGCAAUUUAUAAACAGAGCAGUGAAGCCUGUCUAGGCUACAGGCAGAAGAGAAGGAAGAAGUGGAUUAUACCCAGCACUUGGAACACCAUAGAAACCAGACAAGCCCUGAAGAAAAAAGUUUUAGACACCAAAUCUCAGAAGCUAAAUACCACGAGCAGUAUAGCAAGGCACAACGGGAGGUCAAACGCCUUGUGAGAGUGGACAAACAGCAUUAUAUUGAUAAUCUGGCAACACAAGCAGAGGAUGCAGCUGCUCGUGGUGAACAAGGAACCGUAUAAAAUGACGCGGCUUAUCAGUGGAAAACGGCACCCCAACUAAGGAAGAGAUCAUUCAAGCCAUCAAAUCCUUAAACAAUGAGAAACUCCUGGCAAGGAUAACUUGAAUGCAGAACUGCUCAAGGCAAAUCUUAAAUUAGCAGCAUCUAUCCUGGCCCCUCUAUUUACAUCAGUCUGUGAAAGG